UCGGUGAAUCGCCAUCUUGAAGCCUUUAUUGCUGUCUUCAUGUUGAGUACUACGCCCCUUGUUGAUAAAAAACGACAGUAAUCAGCUGUACGAUUAAAACCUUUCUUUAGAAAAUUGGAAAGCCAGGACGCUUUAUUUAAAAACUGUUGUAACUGGCUAAAACCAUGCAAAAGUAUGAGAAGUUGGAGAAGAUAGGAGAGGGUACAUAUGGGACAGUUUUCAAGGCUAAGAACAGAGAAACACAUGAGAUUGUGGCCCUCAAACGAGUGCGACUGGAUGAUGAUGAUGAGGGGGUUCCAAGUUCAGCAUUACGAGAAAUUUGCCUCCUGAAAGAACUGAAGCAUAAAAACAUUGUAAGGUUGCAUGACGUCCUUCACAGUGAUAAGAAGCUGACAUUAGUGUUUGAGUAUUGUGAUCAGGAUUUGAAGAAAUACUUCGACAGCUGUAAUGGUGACUUGGAUCCAGAGAUUGUCAAGUCCUUUAUGUACCAGUUAUUGAAGGGUCUUGCCUUCUGCCACAGCCGAAAUGUUCUCCACCGAGACCUUAAACCACAAAAUCUACUCAUCAACAGAAACGGUGAACUGAAGCUAGCUGACUUUGGUUUGGCCAGAGCUUUUGGGAUCCCUGUACGCUGUUAUUCUGCAGAGGUGGUGACGCUGUGGUACAGGCCUCCAGAUGUGCUGUUUGGUGCUAAGCUAUACUCUACCUCUAUUGACAUGUGGUCUGCAGGGUGUAUAUUUGCAGAAUUGGCAAAUGCAGGACGGCCAUUAUUUCCUGGUAAUGAUGUGGACGACCAGCUGAAGAGGAUCUUUAGGUUGCUGGGAACACCGACAGAAGAACAAUGGCAGACUAUGAAUAAACUUCCAGAUUAUAAGCCGUACCCAAUGUACCCAGCUACUACAUCACUUGUGAAUGUCGUCCCAAAACUUAGCAGCACCGGCAGAGACCUGCUACAGAAUCUUCUGAAAUGCAAUCCAGUUCAGCGAAUAUCAGCAGAGGAAGCCCUACAGCACCCUUACUUUGCUGAUUUCUGCCCACCCUAAAUAUCAGAUCCCCUUGACAUCGUUUAGGAACGCAGAUGGGCCAGUCGUACCUCGUGAAACCACCUAAACUCCUCCAUCGUUCAGUUAUCUUUCAGUUCGAGUUGGGAUCA